GGCACAUUUCUCGUCUGACUUGCUCUGAGACGCUCACACACACCGACAGAGACAAUGACUCGCAUUUCAGCUACAGUGAUCGUGCUGCUGGUUGCAGCUCUCAGCGUACUCUGUGCAGAUGCUUCUGCUUUGUCAUGUUGUAGGAAGUAUACGAAAGGAAAGAUACCAAUGGCAAUUAUUAAAGGAUUUUCCAUUCAGACCAUGAUGAGAAACUGCCACAUUGAUGCUGUCAUAUUACACACAAAAGGAGGCAGGAACAUUUGCACAGACCCCUCCAAACGCUGGGUGAUGGACAUUAUCCAAAAGCUGAGGGAGAGAGUGCAAGUCAUCAGCAGAAAACAUUCAAAAGACUAACUUUACAACUUCUGUGGUUAAACAGAUGUUACUACAAGAAAAAUUCUUUAUGGAGGAGGAUAUAUUUCUUUUUGAAAUUUACAUAUUUACUCUGCAUAUUUUUAUAUGCGUGUCAUUUUAAACUGUGUUGCUAUUCAAUUAAACUGCAUUCAAAUGAAUUUUCUAUGUAAAGAGAAAACCUGCCUUUUGCAUUUAAUUGAUGUUCUUAUACCUCAAUGAAACUGUACAAAAUAAUAAUAAUAUUAAUAAAUAUAUCUUUACAUUCUCUAUAU